AUGGACGAAUCAGAUCACCGGAUAUCUGAGCCAGAGGCCAUUUCUCGCCUGUGUGAUGCUCUCGCCGAGAAAGCAACAAGGGAUCCAGGACUUCCUCCCCCCAAUCCGACAGUUUCAUCAUGGCAGAGCGUACCUCAUGAAUUGGCUAAUUACCGGUCGGCGAGCCUCCCAUCUAAGGCUGAGGUUGCCAUCAUAGGCUCUGGAAUGACGGGGAUAAGCACUGCAUAUCAUCUCCUCCAAGAACAGCCCGAUCUGAGCGUGACGGUGCUCGAAGCGCGAAGCUUGGCAUCAGGGGCCACUGGCAGAAAUGGAGGUCAUUGCAAAGAAGUUCCAUACGUCGACUACGCGGAGUUGAAAGCCAUGUACGGAAAAGAAGGCGCCAUGAAGAUUGUACGGUUCCGUCUCUCGCAGCUCGAUGCUAUGUUUGAUAUAGCAAACAAACUGGGUCCCGAUGUGGUUGCAUCCAGUAUGCUUCGGCGAGUCGAAGGUGUUGAUAUCUACUUCGACCGCAAAGUUUAUGAGCAGAUGAAGGCCAGGCUAGCAAGUUGGUUAGAAGACUUUCCAGAAGAGAAGGAUCGCUGGCUUUCAUUCGACGGUGACAACCUAGAUGAGCGUUUUGGAGCGAUCAACGCGGUGGGAUGCAUGACAGGUCCCGCUGGCGCACUCUGGCCCUACAGACUGGUUGGUGCCGUAACGUCCUUCUUGUUCAAGAAUCAAAGAUACCCAAAUUUCACACUCGAGACGAAUACCCCGGUCGAAUCGAUAGCCACAACGGCGGUGCCUGAAUACCCCUUCAAGAUCAAGACGACUCGAGGGGAGAUUAACGCACGUCACGUCAUACACUGCACCAAUGGCCACGCAGGGCAUCUACUUCCGGGUCUCAGAGGAAAAUUGUUUCCUGUCCGUGGGCAGAUGACCUUGCAGGCUCCACCGCCAGCAUUUCCACGUGUCGGAGGUCGGCAUUCGUGGCUCUUGCAUUACGCUCCUGGUUAUGACUACAUGACACAGUCUCCGACCGCAUCUGGUGAGCUAUACCUGGGAGGCGGGUUACUGACAGCGCUGUUAUCUGGGAAGGUCAGUGUAGACGAUGCGGACGUUGGGAACGUGAGAGACGACCAGCAGAGCGACGAGGCUUUAAAAAUACUGGAAAGGGUCAUGGAAGAAAGAUUCCGGAAUGGAAAGGGCGCUGCUGUUCUGAACAAGUGGACAGGCGUGAUGGGGUUCACCAUCGAUAGCUCUCCAAUCGUCGGAAAGGUUCCUUACAGCGUAAGCGGGAGAGAUCCUGGGGUAUCGAGCAGCGGUGGCGAGUGGGUUGCAGCAGGAUUCUGUGGACAUGGCAUGGCCUAUUGCUGGCUCACUGGCAAAGCAGUUGCAGAGAUGGUGCUCAAGGGAGAGGAAAGUGUUGGAAACUGGUUUCCUACAGAACAAUCUUCGACUGGGUUGAAGUUUGGAUCCUUUUUGGCUUUCUGUUCGUUCUCCUGGUCGGCCAUGUUUUUGCUAACAGGCUCCUCUCGAUUGAAAGGACAAUGGCUCUCUUGGGCAAUCACAGCUGCGAGCUGUCAGGGAUUUUUGCUCCUUGGCUACGAUCAAGGUUUGAUGAGUGGUAUCAUCGGCGCCAACAAUCAGUUCGGAAAAGACUUCAAUCAUCCGGAUGCUAAUCUGCAGGGUAUCAUUACUUCCAUCUAUGAUAUUGGUUGCGCGGCUGGAUCGCUUGGAUCUCUUCUAGUCGGAGAUCGAGCUGGUCGGAAGUUAAUGAUUAUUCUGGGAGGCUCGACGAUGAUACUCGGAACAGCUAUUCUUGCCUCUUCUACCACCUUGGCCCAGUUGCUGGUUGGCCGGAUAGUGACUGGAAUCGGAAAUGGUUUCAACAGUUCGAAUAUUCCCGCCUAUCAGAGCGAGCUCUGUGACCCAUCCAAGCGGGGAAUGUUGUUGAGCUUACAGGGAACGGUGACUAUCGUGGGCCUAUGCAUAGCUUACUGGCUUGACUUUGGGUUCAGUUAUGUUGAUGGCCCUAUUCAGUGGCGCUUCCCAGUUGCGUUCCAGGCGUUCUUCGCCAUCUGCUUGGUUCUUCAGAUGCUGCCGCUUCCAGAGACACCUCGCUAUCUUAUCCUCAACAACCAGAACGACUCCGCAGGCGUGGUCUUGGCUCGAUUGCAUCCAUCCAAAGAUGCAACCCCAGACCACCCCGAUGUUGUCUACAUGAGACGACAGAUCGAGACCGGUAUUGAGAUGGAAAGCGCCGGCGGGCCUUUCCGAUACAAAGAGCUUUUGGCUGGAGGCAAAGUCCAAAACUUACGCAGAAUCGUCCUCUGCAUGGCGGUCAACAUCAUGCAGCAGUUUACCGGAUCGAAUAUGAUCAAUUACUAUGCUCCUGUGGUGUAUCAGCAGACCAUGGGGCUCUCAAGAACUCUCAGCUUGAUUCUCGGCGGAUGCACGUCGUUGACCUAUCUGGUGGGCUCCAUUAUUCCGUUAUGGGCGAUGGAUAGGUUCGGACGCCGUACCCUCUUGAUGGUUUCAGCAUCCGGCCUCUGUCUUUGCUUCAGCCUCGCAGCAAUUCUCCUGUCCAGAAACACCAAAUCAAGUGCCUACGGCGCGACUGCCAUGGUCUUUCUCUUCCAGAUCUUUCUCGGCAUUGGUUUCCUUCCAGUGCCAUGGUUCUUUCCCAGUGAAGUGACGACAACUCGCAUCCGGUCCAAAGGCCAAGCACUGGCUUCCUUUAUCAACUGGAUGUGCGUGUUUACGGUCGUGCAAAUCACCCCGAUCGCGAUUUCAAACAUCCAAUGGCGGACCUUUAUUAUUUUUGCCGUCUUCUGCUUCCUGUGGAUUCCGAUCGUCUACUGUUUCUUCCCGGAAACCAGCCAGCUAGAGCUGGAAGAUAUUGAUCAUCUGUUUGACAAAGGCGGAUUGACUGGUGGCGUUUUCACCAGCAAGGGUGGUCGGACGGUGCAACGUCACCAGCAUGAGCGGGAGGCUGAUCUGAGAGUGACGGGGAAAGAACAAGUUACUGAAUUUGAGCAUGUGUAG